AUGGGAAUAUGUGGAGGAUAAGGGAAUAAGAAAAUUAAUAAGCCAACUCUGGAAUAAACAAAGGAUUAGACAGGAACUACUUCAAAUAAUGAGAACCCAGGCUCUUCAAAGUAAUCCAGGUUCGUCAAACAAUUAACAGAUUUCAAAGUCGAUCCAUCUAUAUUUGUUACUUUGAAGAAGGGAGAUCUAUUGAAUUCUUACAAAAUAGAUUAGGUUUUAGGGGAAGGUAUGAAAAUCAUAUAUAUCUUAUUAAGGAACUUAUGGUAAAGUAAGUCUGGUGACUUAGAAAGUAACAGGACUUUAAAGAGCAAUGAAAUAGAUUAGGAAGGAUAAAAUAGUUAUUGAAUAAAAGGAUAAUAUGAUAUAGGAGGUGUCUAUACUAAAAGAAUUGGAUCAUCCUAAUAUAGUAAACAUUUAUGAAUUGUAUGAAGAUGAAAGUUUUUUUUAUAUAAUCACAGAGUAAGUAGUAUCAUUUCAAUAGAUUUUAAGAUAUUUGAGUGGAGGUGAAUUAUUCGAGAAAAUCAAUGAGAUUGAUCAUUUCAAUGAGACUAUUGCUGCAGGAUAUAUAAGAAAGAUUUUAGAAGCUGUUAAUUAUUGUCAUACUCGUAAUAUUGUACAUAGGUAUUAAUUUAAUAUAAUGAUUAUCAAAAGAGAUCUUAAACCUGAAAAUAUUUUAUUUGAAUCCAAGAAAGCACAUUCUAGUUUAAAAAUUAUUGAUUUUGGAACAGCUAAAUAAAUUGAUGAUUCAAACAAAUUAUCUUAAAGAAUAGGAACUGUAUAUAUAUUUUUAAUUAUCUUAUAUACAGCCAUAUUAUAUAGCCCCUGAAGUAAUAAACAAGAGAUAUGAUUAAAAAUGCGAUGUAUGGUCUUGUGGUGUUAUAUUAUUUAUUAUGCUUUGUGGUUAUCCUCCUUUUAAUGGAUAAAAUUAAUAAGAAUUAUAUUAAAGAAUAUAAAGUGGCAUAUUUUCAUUUGAUGGUAUAAUAAUUGAUUUGAAAUUUAAUAGAACCUGAAUGGGAAGAUAUAUCUGCAGAUGCAAAAAAUCUAAUUAAGAAAAUGUUGGUAAUUGAUCCUGAAAAAAGAAUAUCUGCAUCUGAAGCAUUAAAACAUGAUUGGAUGAUUAUCAACCAGAAAGAUAAGAAAAUUAAUUCAAAAUCUUUAGAAAAACUUUCUAAAUUUCAUGUAAAUAAUAUAAUUUACAUAAGAGUUAAAGUAAGUUGAAAGCAGCAAUAAUGCAAUUAAUAACAACUUAAAUUAUGUCUAAUUAAGAGAAAAAGAAAAUUUAAACAUAAUUUAAAAAAAUUGAUGUUAAUAAAGAUGGUACUUUGAGUAGAGAAGAAUUACUUAAAUGUUAUAGAGAAAUUUAUGAUGAUGAAAUGAAGUGUUAAGAAAUAGUUGAUAAUCUAUUUUAAUAAGCUGAUGUUAAUGGAUCUAAUUAAAUUGAUUAUACUGAAUUUAUUGUUGCAUUUGCAAAAAAAGAAUAAUUAAUGGCUUAAAAUAAAUUAGAGAAAGCAUUUAGACUUUUUGAUAAAGAUGGAAAUGGAUAUAUUAGUAAAUAAGAGUUAUAAGAAAUUAUGGGAGGAGCAUAAUUAAGUGAAGUUGAAUGGAAUAAUGUAUUUAAUGAAUUAGAUCUAAAUGGAGAUGGUAUUGUAAAUUUUUAAGAAUUUACAGAAAUGCUAAUCAAAAAUGCUAAUGAAUAAGAAUGA